UUGUUUUGCUAUCCUCACCUUUCUUCAUCUCAUAGAGACACAAACAGAACAAGUUCCCGGAAGAAAGGAAGAGAGUGAGAAUGGCAGCGACGACCCUCUCCAUCACGAGCUCAAACCGCUCCUCUUCUUCUUCUCCCACUCUCGCUUCAGUUCAUCACUUCCCUUCUCGAUCCACCUCCAUCGAAUUUCCCUUACGCUUCGGUGCUUCUUCUCCCACGCUCACCCACCGUGCAACCCACCUCCGUCCCAUCGCCGCCGUCGAAGCUCCGGAGAAAAUCGAGAAGAUCGGAUCCGAAAUCUCAUCCCUCACUCUCGAAGAAGCACGCAUCCUCGUCGACUACCUCCAGGACAAGUUCGGCGUCUCUCCCCUCUCCUUAGCUCCCGCCGCAGCGGCUGUAGCUGCUCCGGGAGACGGUGGCGGUGCGGCGGCUGCGGUGGAGGAGCAGACAGAGUUCGAUGUGGUGAUCAACGAAGUACCCAGCAGCUCGCGUAUUGCGGUGAUUAAAGCGGUGAGGGCGUUGACUAGCUUGGCGUUGAAGGAAGCGAAGGAGCUCAUCGAAGGGUUGCCGAAGAAGUUCAAGGAAGGUGCGACUAAGGACGAAGCUGAAGAAGCCAAGAAGCAGCUUGAAGAAGCUGGCGCUAAGGUCUCCAUUGCUUAAGUUUAUAAAAAUGUCUUCUUUUUCGUAAUUUCAUGGAUAUUUUUCGUGUUGUUAAUUCAGAUUGGAGAAAAUGUUGUAAUCUUAAUCAAUUUGCUUUCCCUAUUACUGUUUUUGCCUUGGAAA